AUGGACGCCGCGCUCUGCGACGACUUGCUGCAGGAGGUGUUCCACCUCCUGCCGCCCGCCGCCGCGCCGGCUGUGUCCCUCGUCUCCCGACGCUGGCUCGCACUCCUCAGGGCCGUCACCUCGUCCCUGAGCCUCCACCUGCCUGCCUCCUCUGAUGCCGCACCAGCAGCGGCGGCGACCCUUGCCGCCCUGCUGUCGCACUACCCGUACCUCUCCUCGCUGGCCGUGAUCUCCGCCGCUGCUCCGGCGCGCGACGCCGACGCGGUGCUCCUCGCUGUAGCAGCCGCAUCGGCUGCGGUCCGGCUCUCCGCGGUGCGGUUCUUGCCUGAUUCGGCGGUCUCCCCCGUCGCGCUGCUCGCAGUCUGCCCUGCCCUGUCCGGUCUGACUUCGCUCCACCUUACCGCUGUCCGCCCCCAGUCUUUCCGCUGGCUCGCAUUGCUGCCCCGCCUCAAGUCCUUCGCCCUUGUCAACUCUGCCGCCUGUGUUGACUCAGCCGGCACAAGCUCGGAUGACGCCGACGGCGAGGGCGAGGCCGCAGGGGCGUUACCGCUGGAAAGGCUAUCGCUUUGCGGCAUCCGCUCGGGUGACCGCGGGCUCGGAUGGUUGUGGCGGUGGUGCGGGAGCCUCAAGUGGCUGCAGCUACGUGCCUGCGACGGCACUGGGGACGGGCCGGCGUCGCUGGCCUUCGCGGGCUGCCUCGGUGGCUUGCUCACGCUGGAGCUCCGUGCUUGCCGCCCAGUCGCCGACCGCGUCCUCCUUCUUGCUGCUGACCAUUGCCGCACGCUAACGUCCCUCCUGGUUUAUGACGGUGGCAGCAGCGAGGCACUCCACAGGUUUAUCCACCAGCGUGGCGCGGGUCUGCACACCUUGGACCUUCGCCUACCGCUUGACCUGCACAAUGGUCACCUCCUUGCGAUUGGGGCCGAGCAAAUUCACCGUGGCCAGGACGCCAUGCCUAGUCUUGCUGCACUUCGCCUUCAGAGCUGCGUCCUUGUCACGGGGGACGGGCUUCGGUCCCUCGCACGAACAGCAACUGGGGCGGGCAUCGAAGAGCUCGCCUUGGUGUGCUGUGACGCUGUGGAGCGGGAGCCUGAGCUUCUGACCUUCCUUAGUCAAAGCAUGCGGCGUCUCCUUCGCCUUGACUCGUCUUACAACGAGUCACUGAGUGAUAAGUGUUGGUAA